AUGACAAAGAGACGCAAUCGUAAAAAUAAAGCCAGGGAAGAAUGGAAGCGUCUUCAUCCAACAGAAACCCCGAGAGUUAAGACUCUUUCAUUGGGAGAAGUAGAGCAAAAGAGGCGAUCCAGACAUAACCGAGCAGUAGGCCACACAAACUUGGUAUUGAAUCCUUCUCGCUUAGAAAGACCAAUUCACUAUCAUCAAGUUCAUGUGGACGAUAACCCUAAUGAGGAAAAUUACACAAAUGGACCACUUCCUGGGCAAGAACCUAUGAUCAUCAAGGCCAACAAACUCUGGGUCUUAACGAACAAGCGUAAUUACAAGGUAGUUGCUCUGAUUCGUCAAACGCCAUUCGAUUCGAUGUCUUCAAAAGAACGUUUCAAGCUACGAUUUCUUGCCAACUAUUUACAUGAAGAGCGCGAGUUUUCAAACCCAAUCACGGGGAACGGUACUAUGCUUAUCAUCCAUGAAAAGUUGCUGGUGGUCGUCGUCCUUGUAAGAGAGUACAACGUAGUCGCAAGCUGCUCUCCUACUGGUGGAGACGAUGUGUACUCCGUCGUCCUAAAGUACAAAACAUCUAUACACAACGCUUCAAGUCCAUGUCCAAAUUUUUAUAUAAAGAAACCUGUGAUCAAGCUAAUUCCCACCCAAACAAAGGCUCUCCUGGUUGGUCCUUGGGCAUUCUCUUACCGUUAUGACGUCCAAGGUGGAGGUUUUUGGUGGCCAGAUUUCAAAUGUGAGGUGGAUUUUGAAUCAUGUGAUGGGAUCACGGAAGUUUUAUGGCGGGGUAACAAGGACCUUGUCUGUACCAGGCCCUCUAUCGAGCCUUCAGGAAACUUCACUCGAGUAGGAAAUACCUUUCAAGUCAACACCAAGUACAGAAACGCCUGUGGUUCCAUUACAAAACGUUGGAAAUCUUACGUCAGUCCAGGCCUGACAGUGGCACAACUCAAACAAAAGAAGUUGAAGCGCCUUCGAUACAUUGGUAGUCCCUCAUUUUUAUAUAAGAUGUAUCUGAAACGAAUUGAAGAACAAGAAAAGCAAAAUUCAAACAAAAACUUUGAAUCUCCAUAUCUUUCUUCUCAAGUCCUAUCUGAAGCCUGUGUCGAUUUGAUCUCCUUUAUCAUAAACGAAAAUUCUGUAACGGAGUAG